GUAUGCGGAGGCGGGGUGGCCGGCGGGAGCAGGAAGGACGGGCCGUUGGGAACCCAGAGGAGAGCAGAGAGCCAGCUGGGCCCCCGUCGCAGCCACUGCCUGGCAGAGCCUGCCCGGCAGGUACUGCAGGCCAGGUCAGGCCCUCACUUCUUUGCUGGCUCCCAGGGCACCUCCAGGUGGCAGGACCCCCCCCCAUUCUCUACACCAUGAGCACCACCACAGGCCCAGAAGCUGCCCCCAAACCAAGUGCCAAGUCUAUCUAUGAGCAGAGGAAGCGUUAUUCCACUGUGGUUCUGGCAGACGUUUCCCAGUAUCCAGUCAAUCACCUGGUGACGUUCUGCCUGGGCGAGGAGGAUGGCGUGCACACCGUGGAGGAUGCCUCGCGGAGGCUGGCGGUCAUGGACAACCAGGGCCGCGUCUGGGCCCAAGAGAUGCUGCUGCGCGUGUCUCCGGACCGUGUCACGCUGCUUGACCCCAUGUCCAAGGAGGAGCUGGAGUCGUACCCGCUGGGUGCCAUCGUGCGCUGCGACGUGGUGACGCUGCCUGGCCGGAGUCGCUCGCUGCUGCUGCUGGUGUGCCAGGAGCCGGAGCGCACGCAGCCCGACGUGCACUUCUUCCAGGGCUUGCGUCUCGGGGCGGAGCUCAUCCGAGAGGACAUCCAGGGGGCUCUACACGACUACCGGUCAGGCCGCGGGGAGUGCAGGCCCGCGGCGCUCAGGGCUACGCAAGAGGAGCUGCAGCGCCGCCCCUCGCCGGCCGCCGAGACCCCUCCCCCGCAGCGCCGCCCGUCAAUCCGCGCGGUCAUCAGCACGGUAGAGGCGGGCCGGGGGCGACCCCAGGCGGAGCCCAUCCCGGAGGCGGAAGAGUCGCUGAGGCCGCGGCCUGGCCUGGCGGGGACCUCAGGCAGCCCUGCCCCGGCCUCCCCUGACCUGGGGCCCCGCGGCCCAGACCUGGCCAGUCUGCAGGCGGAGCGGGAAGUGGACAUCCUGAACCACGUGUUCGACGACGUGGAGAGUUUCGUGUCGAAGCUGCAGAAGUCUGCGGAGGCGGCCCGGGUGCUGGAGCACAGGGAGCGCGGCCGCAGGACCCGGCGCCGGGCGCCUGGGGAGGGUCUCCUGACGCUGCGGGCCAAGCCGCCCUCCGAGGCCGAGUACACGGACGUGCUUCAGAAAAUCAAGUACGCCUUCAGCCUGCUGGCCCGGCUGCGUGGCAACAUCGCCAACCCCUCGUCCCCUGAGCUGCUGCACUUCCUGUUCGGACCCCUGCAGUUGAUUGUGGACACAUCGGGAGGCCCCCAAUUCGCAAGUGGAGUGCGGCGGCCGCACCUGACGUCUGAGGCGGUGGCGCUGCUGCGGGACAACCUCACCCCACGGGAAAAUGCGCUCUGGACCUCUCUGGGGGACGCGUGGACCCGCCCGGGGCUGGAGCUGCCCCCAGAGGAAGGAUCCCCGUACAGCCCUGAGUUCUCCAGCGGCUGGGAGCCCCCGGCCACUGACCCGCAGGGCCGCGCCUGGGGGGACCCAGUCGAGAAACAGCAGCAGCACGAGCGGCGGCGCCGGCAGCAAAGUGCCCCCCAGGUCGCUGUCAAUGGUCACCAAGACCCUGAGCCAGAGGCUGAGUCCCAGCUGGAGCCUGAGGGAAAGUGGGUCCUAUGUAACUAUGACUUCCAGGCCCGCAACAGCAGUGAGCUCUCUGUCCAGCAGCGGGAUGUGUUGGAGGUCCUGGAUGACCAGCGUAAGUGGUGGAAGGUUCGGGACCAGCGAGGGCAGGAGGGAUAUGUACCGUAUAAUAUCCUGACACCCCACCCGGGGCCUCGGGCAAGCCGCAGCCUGGAGAAUAGCACUCCUCCUCCCCCACGGGCCCGGGCUCCUGCCUCCUCUCGCCCCACCUGGGACAGCUGUGAUAGCCUCAACUUGGACCCCCUAGAGAAGGAGAAAUUCUCCCAGAUGCUGUGUGUCAACGAAGAGCUGCAGGCGCGCUUGGCCCAGGGCCGCUCAGGCCCCAGCCGCGCAGCCCCGGGUCCCCGCGUCCCGGAGCCGCAGCUCAGCCCGCACUCGGACGCCUCGGAGGUCCGCGCCUGGCUGCAGGCCAAGGGAUUUAGCGCUGGGACCGUGGACGCGCUGGGCGUGCUGACCGGCGCGCAGCUUUUCUCACUGCAGAAGGAGGAGCUGCGAGCCGUGAGCCCGGAGGAGGGGGCGCGCGUGUACAGCCAGGUCACCGUGCAGCGUGCGCUGCUGGAGGACAAAGAGAAAGUGUCAGAGUUGGAGGCGGUGAUGGAGAAGCAAAAGAAGAAGGUGGAAGGCGACAUGGAAACUGAGGUUAUCUGACCCUUCCCGGCUCCCCUGCUCAGUUUUUCGAGGAAGCCCCGUGGCAGAACGGACUCUGCAGACUGCUGCCACCCAUGGAAGUAGACCCCUCCCGAAGGCCCCAGACCUGUUCCGGUGGAGCCUCCUGAGUGAGCGGACUGGCCGUGAGUGGGAGGGAAGGGCCAUACUCGGGGUCCCCGCGCAUUGGGAUAUGCUGCCCAGUCUAUAAACAGCCUCCUUGUAGCAGA